AUGGAACAAGUUUUUGAACAAAUGUCGAAGGAUCCUACCGUUAUCCCUAACUGGAGUACAUUCAGUACAAUGGCCGCAAUGUACGUUAAGAUGGAACUGUUUGAAAAAGCACAAGAGUGCUUGAAAAAGGUCGAGGGUAGGAUAGUAGGUCGAGAUCGAAUACCUUUUCAUUAUCUACUUAGUAUGUACGGAAGCAUUGGAAACAAAGACGAAGUUUAUCGUGUGUGGAAUAACUAUAAAUCAAUAUUUCCAAGUGUACCUAACUUAGGAUACCAUGCUGUUAUUUCUGCUCUCGUAAGAAUGGACGAUAUUGAGGGUGCAGAAAAGCUUUAUGAAGAAUGGGUUUUGGUUAGGCCGACGGAUGAUUCUAGAAUAGGAAACCUUCUUAUAGGAUGGUAUCUUAAUAAUGGAAAAUCAGAUAAAGUUUUGAGUUUCUUUGAGCAUAUGACUGAAGGUGGUGGGUGUCCAAAUUCAACAACAUGGGAGCUUCUUUCUGAGGGUCAUAUUGCAGAAAAGAGGGUUUCAGACGCUUUGUUGUGCUUGGAAAAGGCUUUUACGACUAGUGGUUCGAAAAGUUGGAAACCGAAGCCAAUAAAAUUGGCUGCAUUCCUUAAGCUUUGUCGAGACGAAGGCAAAAUGGAGAGUGCUGAGGUUUUAAUUGAGUUGUUGAGGAAGUCAGGAUACCAUAACACUGAAGCGUAUGCGUCGCUAAUUAGCAAAGAUGACUUGUCAAGCAAGAUUGAAAGAAUGAAUGAUAUUGUCGACAGUGAAAACAUGAAUGGUGAUGAUAAUGAUGAGUGUCAAGUGUUGUUCAACCAAGUAGAUAGUAGCUUUUGA